AUGUCUAAACGCAAGCUUUCCGUCAACACCGACAACGUAUGGUCUGUGGUAGGAGAGAAACUUGAGAAUCUAAGUCAUAAAAAACCCAAAUCCGAUGUUGGAUCCUCUCCCAACUCAAAAUCCACCACUGUCUCUACCCCAGUGUCCAACCAAAUGGAAAGCGUUGAGUUCUCCUCGACAAUCAAAAUGACGGAAGAUAAACCUUUCGUCGACCUCACCAUUCCGACAAGUCCUGCUUCCUCCUCCAAUCUCAGUUCUGCUCCUACCGAUAUUAUCAACAUCGAUAAUCAAAUCACCGCGGAAGACACGAUGGAUGUAAAUGAGCCCAACACCAUCUCUACUCCUGACCCUGAAAAAACUGAUAAGAUACUCUGUACCAUCAAAUUCAACGAUCUAUACUAUCUGGACUUCCAAACGCCCUUCACCCAACCUGAUCUAUUCUUUGAUCUCACCCAAGAUCCUUCUUUGUGGGUUGCAUUUUUCGAGCGAAGCAUCCACACUCGGCACACGGCAGACCCUUCUCAGUACAUUCAAUAUUGUCUCUCAGCAAUGCGCAUGAGAAGCGGAAAUUGCCGAGACUUGCUUGCGGUUUUCGUUUUUGCCUUCAUAUUCGAAGACGAUAAAGAUUCCUAUGGCUUUUGGACAACACUGUAUCGUCUUUUAUAUUGGAUGAUGGAUUUCGAAAAUGCAUCCGGGCAGAAGAUUGUGUAUUUGGGUAGAAUUGUAAUGCCAGGUGGGCUAUUGAGAGGAUGCUGGAAUAAGGUGUUGCAGCGAUAUCUUCAAGAUGAAGAUUAUCUGGGCCCGAUCAUGUACUUCACUGUCACCGAGGAGAGUGGUUUUCGUUGGAUCAAACCAGAAGCCGGAGAAAAUUUGACGAAAGAGUGCUCUUUUGAGGAUAAUUGGGUGAUUGAGCUACCAAGGAACGAAUAUGCUGCAUGA